AUGUCAUCAGAAAAAAGAGAAAUCGAUCAAGAAAUUACUGUUUCUUCCUCAACCUCAAGGGAUGUUGAAAAAAAACCCGCUGAGAUCAUAGAACAUAAACAUAUCGAAAUGCAAGAAGACAUUUCAGCGGAAUUAGAAGCUUUGCUCCAAACUGAUCCUGCUACCGGUUUAACUACAGCUGAAGCUCAAAAACGGUUGAUAGAUUUUGGUAAAAAUGAAUUGGCUGAAUCCAAAACGAACCCAAUUCUCAAAUUUCUAUCCUUUUUCACUGGAGCAAUUGCUUACUUAAUUGAAGUGGCUUGUAUUUUCGCUGUUAUUGUGAAACAUUGGAUCGAUUUCGGUAUCAUUUUGGCAUUGCUGUUUGUCAAUGCUUUUAUUGGUUUCAUAGAAGAGGCACGUGCCGAAUCUGCAUUAGAUGCCUUGAAGCAAACGCUCGCGUUGAAAGCAAAAGUUUGGCGUGAUGCCCAAUUCGUUGAAGUUGACGUAGCUGAUCUUGUUCCUGGUGACGUCAUCGGUCUUCGCCUCGGAGACAUUAUUCCCGCGGACGCCCGUCUUCUUGGAAUUUCAGUAACUGGUGGUGAAACUGAAGGAUCGCUUCAAAUCGAUCAGUCUGCUUUGACCGGUGAAUCUCUUCCAGUUGAGAAAAAGAAGGGUAGCACCGUUUAUUCUUCUUCAAUUGUAAAACAAGGUCAAAUGUUGGCAGUCGUCACUAAAACCGGAUCAAAUACUUUUAUCGGACGGGCGGCCAAUUUAAUUUCGAUCACUGUGGAACAAGGACAUUUCCAAAAGAUUGUUAAUUCCAUCGGAAACUUUUUGAUCUUAGUUACCGUUGUUUUGGUUUCUAUCAUCUUCAUUUAUCAAAUGGUAAAAUUCCGCGGAACCGAACAAGGCAAAUUUCUUACCGUCCUUGGUAACGUGCUUGUAUUGACCAUUGCUGCCAUUCCUGUUGGUUUACCAACUGUCUUAUCCGUCACUAUGGCCGUCGGCGCAAAACAAUUGGCUGCUAAAAAAGUUAUCGUAAAACGUCUUACGGCUGUUGAAGAAAUGGCUUCAGUCUCGGUACUUUGUUCUGAUAAGACCGGUACAUUAACACUUAAUGAGUUAACCUUCGAUGAACCUUAUCUCUGCCCUGGUUACACGAAAGACGAUAUUCUUUUAUUUUCUUACCUUUCAGCUGAACCUGGUGCAAAUGAUCCGAUUGAAACCGCUGUUCGUUUUGCUGCUGAAAGUGAUUUAGAAAUCCUUCAAUCUCGACCAAAUAAACACGAAGUUCCCGGAUAUAAAGUUACAGGAUUUGUUCCGUUUAAUCCAAACACAAAGAUGUCAUACGCAACCGUUAUUGAUAAUAAUACAAACGAAGUUUUUAAAGUUGCGAAAGGAGCUCCACAAGUUAUCAUUAAGCUUGUUGGUGGUAAUGAUGAUGCAGUUCAUGCUGUUAAUAGUUUAGCCGCUCGAGGUCUUCGUGCCCUUGGUAUCGCUCGUACUGUACCUGGAGAUCUUGAAACUUUUGAUCUCGUUGGUAUGAUUACACUUCUAGAUCCUCCUCGUCCGGAUUCAGCCGAAACAAUUAAACGUUGCGGAGAAUAUGGAGUUGAAGUUAAGAUGAUUACUGGUGAUCAAUUGAUUAUUGCUAAGGAAGUAGCUCAUCGUCUUGGAAUGAAUCGUGUAAUCUUGGAUGCAGGAUAUCUCGUUGAUCCCGAGAAAUCAGAUGAAGAAGUUACAAGGAAUUGUGAACGCGCCGAUGGUUUUGCUCAAGUUAUUCCAGAACAUAAAUAUCGUGUUGUAGAACUUUUGCAAAAACGUGGACUUCUUGUUGGUAUGACUGGUGAUGGUGUAAAUGAUGCUCCAGCUCUAAAGAAAGCCAACGUUGGAAUUGCAGUACAUGGGUGUACGGAUGCUGCCAGAUCUGCCGCCGAUAUCGUUUUAUUAGCUCCUGGGCUUUCUACUAUUGUUGAUGGUAUCACUACGUCUCGCGCGAUUUUUCAACGAAUGAGAUCUUAUGCACUUUAUCGUAUCACAUCCACCGUUCACUUUUUAAUGUUCUUUUUCUUUAUCACUUUAAUCGAGGAUUGGACGAUGAGAGCUAUCCUUUUGAUUUUGAUUGCACUGUUAAAUGAUGGAGCUACUCUCGUCAUUUCGGUUGACAAUGCUAAAAUUUCAGAACGUCCUGAUAAAUGGCGUCUCGGACAAUUGAUUACAUUAUCAAUAGUUUUGGGUACUUUAUUAACUGCGGCUUCAUUCACACAUUUUUAUGUCGCUAGAGAUGUAUUCCAUAAGAGUCUUGAAGAAAUUGAAACAAUUAUGUAUCUUCACAUUUCUUCAUGUCCUCAUUUUGUCAUCUUUUCGACACGUCUUUCGGGAUAUUUUUGGGAAAAUCUUCCAUCCCCUAUAUUCAUCAUUGCGGUUUUAGGUACACAAGUAUUUGCCAUGUUUAUCUCAAUUUAUGGAUUACUUACAGAACCAAUAGGAUGGGCAUGGGGGGUAACCAUUAUCGCGAUUUCAUUAGGAUACUUUGUCAUUUUAGAUUUCGUUAAAGUAAUGCUCUUCAGAUAUUGGUCGUUUGAACUUACUGCCAAAUUAUGGCCUUCUAAAUCAAGAAAAACCAAAUUAUUAAAUCGUAAAGCUGAUGCAAUUUCUAAAGCAAAAAUUGCUAAAACUGUCGCAAAAGUUCGUAAAGUCGUCCUUAUUUCUAGGGUUUUAUUGGCUUUUAAACAGGCAAAGACGACUACGAUAAGAGCGAUUGAAAUUCAAUAA